GAAGGCGGCGCCGGAGCAGAGGACAUCAGCCGCAUGAAGCAGUCAUGUUUCCUCCUAUAUGUUAGUGUUUGGACAUGGCCAAACAGUACGACAUCCUGUUCAGGCUCAUCAUGCUCGGAGACUCGGGGGUCGGGAAGACGUGCAUGCUGCGCCGGUUCACCGAGAGCGAGUUUGAUCCUUCACACAUUUCCACCAUCGGAGUUGAUUUCAAGAUGAAAACAGUCGAGAUAGAUGGAAUCAAGGUCCGAGUACAGAUCUGGGACACGGCUGGUCAGGAACGCUAUCAGACCAUCACCAAACAGUACUACAGGCGGGCGCAGGGCAUCAUCUUUGUAUACGACAUCACAAGCGAGUCGUCCUUUCAGCACAUAGCCAAGUGGGCCAGCGAUGUGGACGAAAACGCUCUCGACAAGGUGCAGACAAUCCUGGUAGGAAACAAGUCUGAUGAGGAGCCCAGGAGGAAAGUGACAAAGGACCAAGGAAGCAAGCUCGCAGAAACCUACGGGAUGGAGUUCUUUGAGAGCAGCGCUUCCACCAACAGUAAUAUCAGCGAGUCAUUCAUUCGUGUGACAGAACUGGUGCUGCAGGCUCACAAGAGAGACGUGGACAUGUUGUUCGGCUCUCUGGAUGAUUAUCUGGACAAGGCUGCUCAGGAGGAAGAGAACCGGAGUCAGGAGAACGAUGGCGGCGCUCGGAGGACCUGCACCUGUUAAAACCACAGGACCUUCUCAGUGCCAUGACUCGUAGCUGAAGACACGUGACUUGAUUUCACCCUCUUUGACAGUUUGACUUGUCGGUCAUGAGGGUUGCUGGGUUGUUGUUUUCUUUGCAAGUUUAAGAAUUGAAAUGGUGGUAGGUGCAGUUUGCAGAAGCUACCAGCAGACGGCCGAUUCCAAGGAGGCAAAACCAUCAACACACACAAACACUCAUCCCUUUUCCUUAAAAUGCAGUUUUGCACUACAUCAUCAGUUUACUGUAUUCCAUCUUGUUUGCUUUCUUGUUCUUUUUUUUGUUAUUAUUCAGUCGUUGCACAAAGUAAAGCACGCAUUCAUAUCCACAAAUCUUUUCAGCCAAGUGACAAGACUAUAGAGGCAACAGCAAAGUAGCCCGAGGAUAGAGCUGAAUUAUUUACACGGAGAAACUCGACCCAAGCAGGGAUGGAUUCAUUUACAGGGUGGACUUAUUUCCUCAAGGGAGACAGUGUUGUGCCAUGUUCAGUGAUCUAUCUGAAUGCGGCGCAUGCUUAUUUACCAUUCUGAUUGUUUGUUUUAUGAAUGUGACCGGCGUUGUGCAUUGAAGCAGAGCUGCUGCUGCUGCUGCUGCUGCUUAAAAUAUGAUGUUCAGGUUCUGCAGAGGUGCCACAGAUGUGUCAUUUUUAAGGUGAUGUUUGCAGGUUUUUUUUGCAAAAGAAAAAUUGAAUAAAUGUUUCAAGUAAAUGAA